AUGGCAUCCGCCGAGGAGGCACUCGGUGUAGCGCCGGAAGUCAAUACAACAGCUGAAGCAACGAAAACAGUCACACAACAGAUCGAUCCAUACAAUGUCGCAGGCGAGGUGGACGAGACAGGCGCAGUCAAGGCGAUCGACUAUGAGCGGCUAAUAGAGAACUUCGGUGUACAGCCUCUCACACAACAACACCUCGACCGCUUCGAGAAGGUGACCGGGAAACCAGCACACCGUUUAAUGCGCCGGAAACUGUUCUUCGCACACCGAGACUUCGACAAGAUCCUCGACUUCUACGAGAAGUAUGGCAGCUUCAUGUUAUAUACCGGGAGAGGGCCAAGUAGUGGGAGUAUGCAUCUCGGCCACACCGUUCCCUUCCUCUUCACCAAGGAGCUGCAAGAACUGUUCGAUGUGCCGUUGGUGAUUAUGUUGACUGACGACGAGAAAUACCUCUUCACCCGGAACAAGAAUGACGGUGUGCAGAAGCCAGGCUCUGCUCUUGAAGACUUCCUGCAGUACUCCCACGACAACAUCAAGGACAUCAUCGCGCUGGGCUUCGAUCCGGCCAAGACCUUCAUCUACACCGACUACGAAUACCUCGGGGGCCACUUCUACUGGAAUACUUCAGAGUUUGAGUCCCUCGUCACCUUCAACCAGGCGUCAGGAGCUUUCGGCUGGAAUGGUAGCACCAACAUUGGUCUCGUCUCGUACGGCGCCAAACAGUGUGUCGCUGCUUUUCCAUCCUCCUACCCCGAGCUUUACGGAUACUCAGACUACCGGCCGCCACAAUUUGAACCCACUGCGAAACGCCGCUACAAGCCGCUCGCAUCCAUCCCAACUCUGAUACCCUGCGCUAUCGACCAAGAACCCUACUUCCGCGUCCUUCGAGAACGAUGCGAGCGCAUGACCGACCCACAUCCAAAGACCAGCCUCAUCCUCUCGCAAUUUCUCACCGCACUCCAAGGCCCAGGCGGCAAGAUGAGCGCUUCCAAUCCCAACUCCGCGAUCUUCAUGUCCGACACUCCCAACCAGAUCAAGAACAAAAUCAACAAGCACGCCUUUUCCGGCGGUCGAGAAUCGCUGGAGGAGCACAGGAAACUUGGUGGGAAUCCCGAUGUGGACGUCGCAUACACGUAUCUCUCGUACUUCCUUGAAUCAGACGAUGAGUUGGCAGAUCUGGCGAAGCGAUACCGGAGCGGCGAGCUGUUGACUGGAGAGAUGAAGUCGAGAUGUAUCAGCGAGUUGCAAGGGUUCAUAGGCGAAUUUCAGAAGCGGAGAGAAGAGGUGACGGAUGAGGUGAUGAGGAAAUUCACCACUCCGCGGAAGCUCGUGUUUGGCGGGAACCCGAAUCAUGGUGGAAAGGCUUCGGAUCAGGUGCCUGGGGUGUUUGGUAAUGCCGGGCAGAAGGCGAAUGACAGUGCUGCAGAGGGAGACAAGGCGGCCCCUGGCGGCAAGGAUGGCAGGGGCACAAAGGGGGAGAGAAAGGCUGCGAAGCUGGCGGAGAAGAAGGCGGAGAAGCUGGCUCUGAGGCCGAAGAAGGAGGAUGGGGAGGGAGGAUCAUGA